AUGGGAUUUGGGAGUUUGUUAGGGAUGAAGAUGAUUGACGUACUGUUGAAGAUUGUUUAUUAUGUUCUUGAUCAUUUUAAUUUUGAAUCUUUGAAGAGUGGAGGAUUUGGAUGUGGACAUGUUAAUGAAGCAUAUGUUGAAGAAGAAUUUCAAGAAUCUGAGUAUAAUGAGGAGGAAUCUGGUGGUGAUGAGAUUGAAUCUGAUGGUGAAGAGGAUUUAUGUGAUGAGGAUAAAGAAGAUUUUGAUGUUAAUAAAGUUAGUGAUGUGGAGGUGUAUGAAAGUACAAUUUCAUGUAUGUAUCAGAAGAUGAAGGAUUUGAAAAAGGAUCUUGUUGUAAAGAUAGAUGAGGGAGUGUUGAAGUUUCCUCAAAGUCACAAUUUGAAAAAUUGGAAAUUAUUAUUUCCUGUUGAAGAUUUAAAUACAAAAAGUUUUGAUUUCCAUUAUGUUUCACAAAAAUAUAAAGAACCGAUAUUAACACCUAGUUUUGUUCAAGUUAAUAAUGAAGAUUAUGGGAAUGAUUUUCUUAAUGAUGAUGAAAAUGUUGAAGAUUAUGAUCAAGGGAAAUGUUCUGGUGGUCAGGGGGAUGGAAGUGGUCCACAUGAGGGCAAUAUUGGUAAAAAUCAUGUUGAAGGUAAAGGUGAUGAUGAUGAAGAUGAUGAACAAGGAAAUGGAAGUGGAUGUAAUAAAGAAGAGGCCAUGAAUUUAAAUUCUGUUGUCGAAAAUGUUACUAUGAGUGUGGGUCUAAUUGAUAGUCAGGAAGGUGUAUCUUUUAGUCAAUUUCUUUGCAAUCCAGUUGUUGAAAGUUUUCUUAAAACUUUGGAUCAAGGUACUGAUGGUUGUUUAAAUCAGAAACUAGUUGAAGAUGAUGUGAAUUUGAAUUUGACUAGUAUUGAUGAUGGGACUGUAAGUUUGGGUGAGGAUGAUCAUAAGAAUAAAGUUAUUUCAGAUCAUACUGUUGAUAAAGUUAUUGUAGCAAAGAAGGAUGGAGAAGGUGAAGAUGUUGAAGAUUAUUCAAAUAAAAAUAAAGAUAGAGAAAAUGCUGAAGAUUGUUCAAAUAAAAACAAGGAUUCAAAUAAGACUCGAUCAUUGAAAAAUGAUAUUGUUCCAAGUUUUAGUCUUGGAUUUAGUCAAGAUUAUGACAGUUCCACGAAGUCAUCUCAAAGACAAAUUUCUUCUGAAUGGAUGACAAAGAAAAAGAUUAAGGAUAGAGUUAUUUUGGGAAAACCAAGUGCUGGUCUAGAGUGUGCUAUUCCAAAUGUUGAUGUUAUUGAUGCUGGUCCAGUUUCUUUUGCAUCCCCUUUGGGUACAUGUAACGCCCGUAGAUCCGGGCAAGUCAAUUUAGAGGCAAUAUGGGUCGAAAACGAGUUUUCGGCAAAAGAUUAUUUAGAAUAA